AUGCAGAAGCCUUCACCCUUAAACAAAAACCACACCCCUUUUUCAAUGAUGGCGCAGAUAUCCCACCUUCAUCUCCAUGAAGACGAUGACGAUAACGAGAAUGACGACCUUCUAAACUCCCUUUCUCCUCGCAGCCAUGCCUGGUCUCAAGAUCUCGACGGCUUCGACGUUUCGCCUUCAGAUCUCGACUUUCCUUCAUCGGAAUAUUUCCUUUGCCGACAAAGGCGCCGCUCCGAUCGGAAUCCGAUCCGAGUUUUAAACGGAAACAAUGCUUCUAUUCCAUUCGAUCUCGAAAACGAGGUAAAUUUCGUAAUCGAUAUGUUCCAUCAUCGCGUUGAGCGAUCGCAUUCUUCGUCGCGUGUAAUGUUAGACACCGAUUUGGGUGAUUCUGAUCGUAUUGUUAGAGUUAAUGAUUGGAACGAGGAUACCAAUCCACACAAUUUGGAGAUGGAUUUUGAGUCAGGAUUAGGGUUAGGGUUUCCCGUAGAAGUUCGUAAUUGUAAUGACGAAGGUGAUGACAAUUCUGGAUUUAUGGUUGCUGAUUGUGGUGAUGAGUUCUUCGUGUCGAGGAGGACCAGCAGCAGUGGUGCUCGAUCUGAAUCGAGAGAUCCAGCAUAUUUCAUGAGUGGAUUAAGUGUGACUGAUUCCGAUGAGGACCAUGUAAACGAGAUUAUUGGUGUGGACGAUGAUUUCGGUGAUGAUGAAGCAAGUCUUAGGCUAUGUUGGGAUGCUUUUCAGCUAGAGGACGAUGAUCAUUCAAGAUGGGACAUACCUGCACAACAACAUUUUGAGUGGGAGGAAGUGGAUGGUGGAGUCAACGAAAGGGAAGUGUUGACCAUGUUUCUGGACGCAGAGGCUGACAAUAACACCACAGUAGAUGAUCUCGAGUGGGAAUUAUUCCUGAAUUCUCAUAAUCACGAAGCAAAUCCCACUACCACAGAGGCCAAUAACUACAAUGAGUGGGAGGUUUUCUUGAAUGUUCACAAUCUUGAAGCAAAUCCAGAUUUAGAAGGUCAAUUUGAAGACUACAAUGAUGCAGAACAUGAGAUGUUAUUCGGGCAGUUUGCAGAUAAUGGUGACUCAGGUUUAGUUCAACCACCUGCUUCCAAAAAGGCAGUUGAGAAUCUUCCAUCUGUGGUUAUGACUCUUGAACAUGUUGAAAAAAACAACACACUUUGUGCUGUUUGCAAGGAUGAAAUUGGUGUUGGGGAAAAGGCAAAACAGCUUCCUUGUAUUCAUCAUUACCAUGAAGAUUGCAUCAUUCCUUGGUUAUGUAUACGAAAUACAUGUCCAGUUUGUCGCCAUGAGCUGCCAACUGAUGAUCCUGAUUAUGAAAGCAGGAAAGCAGAAAGGGUUGCUAGUUAA